UGCUAAAAUCUAUGUUAGGAUUAGAAAGUGCUGACAACAAACAGGAAAACGAGGUGUCUGAUAUUGAGACUGUCAAAGUGGAGCCUGCUGUCUUCCAUAUCUGCGGUGCCUCACAGGCCAAAGUWGAUGCAGCCAAGAWGAAGAUAAAAGACCUGAUAUCUGAUGAACAAUGCAGCAUAGAGAUAGCGGACAACGACAUCUUGAACUUCUCCUCUGCAGACUGUCAGCGCAUUCUUCACAUCCAGAUGAAGAUGAGUGUGAGCAUCAAAAAUCAAAUCACUAAUGGCCAAGUCUCUGUCAUCAUUGAAGGCCUCAGUAAAGAUGUGGUUCGAGCCAAUCAGGAGAUAGCUAAUAUGCUGAAGAAAGUGAGAGGAGAGCAGGAGCUGAAAAGGAAAUUGGAGCUGGCUGCCACUGUGGCAGACUGGCAGUAUCAGCAACAUGGGCUUCCAUAUCAGAGUUUUGAUCAGAUGACCAACUAUGAGCUUGAGCAUGCGUUGGAAAGGGCAGCACCCACUCUAAAAGUUACCAUCUGUGGCUCAGACUAUACAGUCCAGAUGCCUAAAGGACCAGCCACUGACAACAAGGGAACCAUCCUGCAGAUAAGACGAAUUGACAAAUUCCAAGGCGAAGAUGUUCCUGAGUUUUGGGAUACCAUGCCAGAUGGAAAAACAUGUCAUGCCGUCCCUAUCCUGGAUGUUUCUUCAGAGUACGCAGAAGUCCUCAAUCUCUUCAAAGCCACAUGUAAUCAAACCGUCACCAAG